AUGGCCCAAGUGGCGCAGCUGCCAUCCUUCGGCAGCGGCGCUCUGCGGCAGAGCAGCUUCGAAAGGCCCCGCUCGCUGUCACAGGAAGAGGAGGAAACCGUCGACGUCUCGGUCAGACCCACAAUCGGCGGUGAUGAGGACGCCGACAGGGAAGUGCGGAUCCCUUGCCCCGACGCCAUCGGGCUGGGCUGCGAUAUCGCCCGCCUGCUCCUCGACUUUGGCCUGCGCAUCAUUUGA